AUGAUUACAAGGCCAACAAAGUCAGUCCUCUUUAUUGUGAUGACCCUACAGCUCCUAAUCAAGUCAAAUGACGCAGUAACUUGCUACCAAUGCGAGCAAACGGCUGGUGAUUGCAAUGAAACCUGUGAGGGCACCAGCUGUGUGACUUGUAAGUUUUUGAAGCUUACAUUCAUUCUUUAUCUCACAAAAGAAGUGCUCAAGGAACAGCGGCGGACUUGAUCCAUUGGCAAAGACGUACCAUUUUGCAUCCGAGAAGUAUCAAAAAUGUGGCAAAAUGCUUCCCUCUCCAAGUGAAAAAACUCCGAUUUCAAAAGCGCGCCAACUAUUUUUUUGAGAGAAAGAGCGCGCAGUUCAAAACGGAGUUUUUUUUUGUUGGAGAGGGAGGCAUUUUGCCACAUUUUUUAUACUUCCUGGAUGCAAAAUGAUAAGUUUUUUGCCACUGAACCAGGUCCCUCACGGUACGACGCUCAUUUGCCGCCAAAACUUCGACACAUUUUCGAAAUUUUCAGGAUGGAAAAUUCUGAUCAAAAUAACAGCAGAAUUUUCCAUCCUGAAAAUCCCAAAACAGUAUCGAAUUUGUGGUAACUCUUGACCAUACAGGGUGUACCAAAAAAAUGGAAACUUGUUUUUAUAGCUAUAUUUUUUCGGAGAAUCAAAAUUCAGCAAAAGUAACGGUUAUUAUUGGUAACAUAGAGCAUUGUUUAUAACAUGUUCAACCUGUUUCAAAGUGGCUGCCUUUGGUGGCGAUAUAGAGCUCCAAACGUGACGUAAAAUUUUGGGCUCCGGGCCGCAGCUUUUUAAGGGGGAAAUCGGCCCCGUUCUUGGCGCAGCAUUUACUUUGCGACCCCAAACUUUUGUGGAGCAUAGUACAGGUGCUGGCCUUCUACUUAAAAAAAAAUAUAGUCCAUUGGAUUCAGAUCCGGCGAGCAGGCGGCCAUUUCGCAGACGGGUUAAAAUCGGGAAAAUCGGUCCCAUUUCGGGUCCUGAGUCGAUUUUGCCCUGUGAGCCGGCGCUGAGUCCUGUUGGAACGCCAAGUCUGCAUUGCCAAGGUUCUGCUGAGCUGACGGAAGCACGACAAAAUAGAAAUUAACGCGGCGUUAGUAUUUUGCCCCAUUGAUUCACGAAAAACAUGGAUUUCUUGCCGCUGGCACAAAUUCCGCCUUAAGCAAUGACGGCCCGGAAUUUGGCUGUAUUCGACGAUGGCCAACAGGCUAGGAGCUUCAUUGAAGCAGAUUCUAUCGUUCUGGUGGUUGUGUAUCCGCUAAAUAUUGAACCGCGAACUGAAUGCGCUCACGUCUCGGAGCUGCGGCCCGCCCCUUUGACUUUCCGACAUUUUUGUGCCGUACGCACUUACUCUCGACUUUAAAGAUCUGAAUUUUUUAGAGCUUGUAUGACAUGAGAUUGAUCUCGUCUUUGGCUAUUCGGCCGACUGAUCGGUCGCUGAUGUCAGUCUCAAGGGAAAGUUUUUCUUGAAAAUCGCGGAUUUUGCUGUUGGGGAUCUUCCGGUUGAAAGAAGCGCUGGCGGUGCGUUUUCUUUCACUUCCUGAGCGCUUACUAUCCGUAUCAAGCUCCUUGCACCGCGUGAUUACUUUUGACACAACGUUCUUUCUAUACCGAGAAAAUUAACUGUUCGAACAGCUCCAAAAACAAGUCCAAAAUCGAGGUCCCUUCGUUUGAAGUUCAGAAAAACAGGUCGAUUAAUCGAUAUGGGCAUAAAAAUCAAACCACUAGGACAAAAAAACACAGAGAAUUUUGUAGUAAUAAACUUCUUUGGCUACACCUAACCAUUUUCUCGUCAGGACCCAUGAAAAAAAGUUUCCAUUUUUUUGGUACACCCUGUAAAAUCUCGGCCGUUUCUCUCUUAAUUUUUCCCCAAAAACUCAAAAUUUUUAGCCUUCGCCUCGUAUGACAUCUCAAGCUUCCGUCAAACCACGUACUGUAUGAAUGACGGGGCUCGCAAUGGUUGCAUGGGAGACAUGGUGACACAAACUUUUUAUUGCUACUGCACUACAAAUUACUGUAACACUCCUUUGAACGUGACUUUAACCAAGACUACAGGACCUCCGGCGGUCAGUUCCACCACUACUACCUACUACUUCACGCCAACCACCACUGUUUUCCAGGGCCGGAAACGAAGGGACGUCCUCAAGGAAAGGAUACAAAAAGUUUUGGGAUGGGCGUAA